UGGGUCGUUGGUCCUGCAUAUUUUGUAGAGUUUUUAAUUCAGGAGACAUCCUGCUCCAAAAAUGACACGAUUGCUGACAUCUCCAAGUGCAAGCCACUUUCAUCAGCUCAAAUAGGUUUCUGCAAAGGCUCUGUAGUAAACAGCCACUUGGAACACGAACUGUUUGUCACAGUAUCCUGUGAAAUCUACAGUCUGCAGGAUCCUGCCACUGAAGAGGGUAAACAGCAAGCUAAUCAGACACCUGGAAAAUCCAGCCAGAAUCAACAACAAGCUUUCCCUUCAGAAACCAAUCCUUUCUCCCCACACCUUGAAAAAACAGUGGGCUGGGUUAAAAUUCUACCCCCUUCAACUGAGGACAUAUCUUUCCAAAACCUACCACAAAGUCAAAACGAACAUAAAGAUGGAAAGUCAGUUCCACCUGAGGCUGUAGGAUCUACACCCAGUCUUGAUGGAGAAGAGACUCAAGUAGACAAACCAGAUUUGACCAAACCAGUCACUGGACCAGUUUUUCUCCCUUUUCCUGAAGAACUUUCUCUAUCACAUGCAUGCCCAGGAGAAGCAAAGGAGAUAAAUUCCAUCCUCCAGCCGUUGCUGCCUAAAAAGCCUACCAAAGUCUAG